GAGAGAGAGAGAGAGAGAGAGAUUAUUAAUUAUAGGAGUGCAAUGGCGGUAGAGAGUGUGCAAGCUCUUGCUUCCUUAUCUCUCACCACGAAUACCAUUCCCGCAGAGUUCAUUAGGCCCGAGAAAGAACAGCCUGCUCUCACCACAUUCCAUGGCCCGGCACCGGAGAUCCCAACCAUCGAUCUUAGCGACCCGGAUCAAGAAAACCUGGUCCGUUCGAUAGCUGAUGCCAGCAAGGAGUGGGGAAUCUUCCAAGUUGUGAACCACGGCAUACCUACUGAUGUCGUAAGCAACUUGCAGGCUGUUGGAAAAGAAUUCUUCCAACUCUCGCUUGAAGAAAAAGAAGCAUAUGCCAAGCCCCCGGGAGCCCAGAGUAUGGAAGGCUACGGAAACAAACUCCAGAAAGAUCUCAAUGGAAAAAAAUCUUGGGUUGAUCACCUUUUCCAUAGGAUUUGGCCUCCUUCACUAAUCAACUACCACUUCUGGCCCAAGAACCCACCCUCUUACAGAGAGGCGAACGAAGUGUACGCGAAGUACGUGCGAGAGGUGGCGUAUAAGCUGCUUACAAGGCUGUCGCUGGGGUUAGGGCUGCAAGGGGAUGCACUAAAAGAAGCAGGUGGUGGGGAGGAGAUGGUAUUCUUGCUUAAAAUAAAUUAUUACCCACCAUGUCCUCGGCCCGAUCUAACGCUUGGAGUUGUGGCCCACACUGAUUUUUCCAUCCUCACCCUUCUUGUGCCUAAUGAGGUCCCUGGACUCCAGGUUCUCAAAGAUGACCGUUGGAUCGAUGCCAAGUACAUCCCUAACGCCCUGAUUGUUCACAUUGGUGACCAGAUCGAGAUUCUCAGCAACGGCAAAUACAAGAGCGUGCUGCAUAGGAGCACAGUGGACAAAGAGAGAGCGAGGAUGUCGUGGCCUGUAUUCGUGGAGCCACCGGCAGAGUUUGUGGUGGGACCAAUGCCCCAACUGGUCAACGACGAAAACCCUCCCAAGUACAAGGCAAGGAAGUUCAAGGACUAUGCUUAUUGUAAACUCAACAAGCUUCCCCAGUAACUAAACAUACCUAUAGCUAGUAUCCUGUGAAAAAGCCACUAAACACCAUGCGCGAUGCAUGUACGAGGUUUUCGUGUUGAAUGUAGCGGUCGUACCCGUACCCUUUUGAUGACAAUAUAAUAAUGCUCUAUUUGUUUCGACAUUAAAU